AAAAAAAAAACCCCAAUAACCACCUACAAAACAAAACAGCCAACCCAAUUCCGAAUCGCCCUAUCCGCCAAUCGAAAAAAAAACGAUCAUGUCCGGGAUAUCGAUGCUCGGCAAAGCCCCGAGGGCGGGCACCUCCCUGCUGCUGUCGAGGUGCGCACGCGCAUCUCCCACUACCGGCCACAAGGCCUGCCUGCUGCAGUCGCAGCAAACCCGGUCGCUUUGGCACAGGAUACCGACGAUGGCGACGACGACUAUCGCAUGCCAGAGCAGCAGGAUCAACAGCUGGCUGAGCGCUAGGCCCAGGGUCGGGGCUGUUCAGACCGCUCUGCGUCAGCAGCAGCAGGCCAGGGGGAUGAAGCUGCGUAGUGCCAUCACGAAGCGUUGCGAGCAUUGCAAGGUCGUUCGGAGAAAGCGUGGAAAGAGGCAUCGGGGCUACCUCUACAUCAUCUGCAGCGCGAACCCGAGGCACAAGCAGCGCCAGAGCUGAGACGAUACAUCGCACCUUUCAUCAGAAUGUUUUCUUUUUAGCGACAUGUUAUCGAAACUAAGGAGAAGGCUCUGGAGAUUUGGCGACUGAGCAUGCAGCAUACCCCAUGAUUCCAAGAAAACCAGACAGCUACGUUGGUUGGUCAACGGUCGAUGGGCAGGAAUGGGGCGGAAUGUACGAUACGGACAGUCUGGGGCCUACCCUCAACUUCGGGGUGCUUAGGCUCAGGAUGAUAAAACCCCCUCAAGUGGGCUGUAUAUAUACAAAUACAUGAUCAACGUCUGGAGUCGACUUCAUCACAUAGGUGGCAUACUGGACAGAUGGCCAGGGCUAGACUCUAGAGGGAAGAAUAAAUAUAGACGAAUGAUCAC